AAGGUGUAAAUGCAGAAUGCGAGUACUAGUCUUCUUGUACCUUCUCCCAUUAUGCUACUCGUGGCCGUGGGAUAGACUCGUGGGGUGGGUACAGUCAGCUGGGGCAUCAGUGACAUUUCGCUGUAACGGUAAACCGUUCACUAAUGCGAGAGUAACAAUGAUGGACGCGGAGCCUUUACCUGGUGAUGACGAUGCGAUAGGUGGAUCCGUCGAAUCGGACAAAUUUGGAAAAGCUAAAGUUGAAGGCAGUGCUAGAGAGAUAAGUCAAAUCGAACCAUACCUCUUCAUCGAGCAUGAUUGCAUUGGGAUGCCAUGGCGUUUCUGCCUGUUCUUGCCACCAGAGUUUGUAAACUAUGGCCCUAAAGCAAAGAAAUACUGGCAUAUCAAAGUGGAGCUCUCCGAUUUUGAUUGGAUGUUCAAAAAAAGAUGCCGAUUUGACAUAUACCCGGGUGAUCCAAUUCCUUCAAGAUGAUUUGUGCCUGGUAUUUAAGACAUGUGUUGAUGUCAGCCGUAUCCACAUAAACAAGUUUCAAAG